GUUGGGAUAUUUUUGGUUUUUGGUCAAUAGACAGCAAAAUAACCCAAUUUAUAUAGUGUCGGGCAGAAGAAAGAGUUUCCUUUAAACCCUAGCAUCUUUCCCUAAACCCUAAACUCUUCCUUGUACCCACACUAGCGGCUGCCAUGGCAACAGAAAGUGUGAACCCAAAAGCAUACCCACUUGCUGAUUCACAGCUUACAACUACCAUUAUGGAUUUGGUUCAACAAGCUGCUAACUAUAAGCAGCUUAAAAAGGGUGCUAAUGAAGCGACGAAGACACUAAACAGAGGAAUUUCAGAAUUUGUUGUCAUGGCCGCAGAUACUGAGCCCCUUGAAAUCCUUCUUCACCUUCCGCUCCUGGCCGAAGAUAAGAAUGUGCCAUAUGUCUUUGUCCCUUCAAAGCAAGCUCUUGGCAGGGCAUGUGGUGUUACCCGUCCUGUGAUUGCUUGUUCGGUGACGAGCAACGAGGGAAGCCAGUUGAAAUCUCAAAUACAGCAAUUAAAGGAUGCCAUUGAGAAGCUCCUCAUCUAAAUGUUGAGCCUUUGCAGCAUGAAUGAUGGGCCUCAACUUCACUUUUGAGGCUUGGACUGAAGUAGAUGUCCCGUUGGUGCUACUUUUUUAUCCUUGUUUCUUUUUUGUUCUUGAAUUUUAUGACUAAGAGUACCCAUAGACGCAUGAAAAAUUAUUAUCAGGUUUAUAUUGUAGUUAAGCCUGAGUUUAUUAUAUCAUGUAUCUAUGUUUAAUGUAAUUCUAGUUUUGAUCUGAUCA